AUGGCCGCGCCACCCCCUCCGCCGGCCCCGGCUGAUGGGCAAAGCGCCAUCUCUUCGCCGCUGAAGUCCAAGAGCAGCAGCGAAUGUGUGAAGGUGGUGGUCCGGGUUCGGCCACUGAGCAGCAAGGAGAUCUCCGAAGGGAGAGAGGUCAUCGUCACGAUGGACACGAAGCGCGGCGUUGCCAUCCUCCAUCGUCCAGGCGGGACCGACCGCGACGCCAAGGAUUUCACCUUCGACGCCGUCUUUGGGGCUGACAUGACGCAGCAGCAGAUCUUUGAUGACACUGCGGCGGACAUCCUGGACAGCGUGAUGGAUGGCUUCAACGGCACCAUCUUUGCGUAUGGCCAGACGGGGGCCGGCAAGUCCCACACCAUGAGCGGCCCGCAGGACGGGCCACCGGAGCUCCAAGGCUUGCUGCCACGAUCAUUCUCGCACAUCUUCAACAACAUCGACACGACUUCCCAGGAUACCACGUACUUGGUGAGAGGCUCCUACCUCGAGAUCUACAAUGAGGAGAUCCGGGACCUGCUGUCGAAGAACCCGAAAGGCAGGUGUGAGCUCAAAGACAACCCGCAAGGUGGCGUGUACGUGAAGGACCUCUCCGCAUUUGUGGUGAAGUCCACGGAGGAGAUGCACCAGAUCCUGCAGACGGGGCUCGCCAAUCGCGCUGUGAGUGCGACGCAGAUGAACGAGACAUCCUCUCGCUCACACUCCAUCUUCAUGAUCACGGUGGAGCAGUGCGCGAUGGGCAUGGAUGGUGAGGGUCACAUCCGCGUUGGGAAGCUCAACAUGGUGGACCUGGCAGGCUCCGAGCGGCAGAGCAAGACGGGUGCCACAGGGGAGCGCCUGAAAGAAGCAACCAAGAUCAAUCUGUCGCUCUCCGCACUCGGGAACGUCAUCUCAGCCUUGGUAGAUGGGAAGUCCUCCCACAUCCCCUACCGCGAUUCCAAGCUAACCCGGCUCCUGCAGGACUCCCUAGGGGGCAACACCAAGACGGUGAUGGUGGCAAAUAUUGGGCCGGCAGACUACAACUACGAUGAGACAAUGUCGACGUUGAGGUAUGCCUACCGUGCCAAGAGCAUCAAGAACAAGCCCCGGAUCAACGAGGAUCCCAAGGAUGCCAUGAUCCGGGAGUACCAGGAGGAGAUCAUGCGCCUCAAGGCGGAAUUGGAGGCAGCCGGUGGUGUGGACGGCGAAGCAGGGGACAUCGCAAUGGUGCCCCUCCCGCCACGGGUGGAGAAGCAGGUGGAGUAUGUGGACAAGAUCGUCGAGAAGAUCGUGGAGCGAGAGGUGGUCGUGGAGCAGGGGCCCAGCCCGGAGGAGGUGGCCGCAAUGGAGGCGCAGCUUCGGCAGCAGAACGAGGAGGCCCGGCUCAAGGCGGAGGCGAAGCGCCGGGAGGUGGAGGCGCAGCGGGACCUGGCGGAGUCCGAGAGGUUGCGCCUCCUGGCGCAGAUCGACGAGCAGGAGCAUGCCGCGAUGCAGGAGGAGCAGCGGAAGGCCGAUCUGCAGUCGAAGCUUCAGCACAUGGAACAUAAGAUGGUCCAAGGCAAGCAGAUCAUGGAGCAAGCUAUCCAGCAGGAGCAUGAGCUGAAGAAGCACGAGAGGCGCCUCCGAAAGCAGCAGGAGCGUGAGGCAGAGCUCCGACAGCAGGAGGAGCAGCAGAGGCAAGAGAACCUCUUGCUCGAGGAGCGAUGUGCCUCGCAAGAGGAGCAGGUUGUGAAGCUUACGACGAAGCUGCAAAAGCUGUGGGACAAGUACCAGAAAGCGCAGCAGGAGAUGGUUGACGUGCAGCACUUCAACCAGCAGGAGCGUGAGGACAUGCUCUCCAUGAUCCGCGACCUGCGGCAGACGCUGAAGCUCAAGGCCCUCAUUAUGGAGUCCUUCGUCCCAAUGGCAGAGAUCCAAAAUACCCAGGAGCGAGCUGUUUGGGAUGCAGAGGAGGACGAGUGGAGGAUUCAGCCCGUGACCCUGGACAAGGAGAAUCGCCCUAAGAGGCCGAACUCCUUCUUGGGUCUCCCCAGGCCGACCACCGAGUUUGCGCGGCUGAAUCGGACCAUGGGGGACUCCAACCCCAGGUACAUGUUCGACAACAUCGUCUUCACGGACCUGGACUUGCCCGAGCGCACCACGGAGGACUACGAAGUGCAGCCGGAGCUGGGCGACCGCAUCGAGCGGGCGCUCACGCUGGCCCUUUCGCAGGACGACGAUGAGGUCAAAGAGGCGAAAGGGGCCGAGAUGCCUGAGAAGGGCCAGAAGAAGAUGAGGCCAGCCAGUGGGAUCAAGCGUGAUGGCGCACCCCCGUCGGCUUUCCCCCAAGCACGGGGGUUGGUGUCCCGCGAGUGA